UAAUCGCAUUAUUACAUAAGACUUAGCACGCUUUCGAGUUUUAUACAGUGGUACAGUUAUCGCUARAUACCAUAUUCAUAUGAAUUCAUCUCUGCGUAGAAUAACAUCAAAAGUAACACUAUUAUCGAGACGGUUCGUURGGCGCAUACCCGACAUGUCUGCUUCAAAAGAUGGACCAAAGGAUGUUGCUUCAAUGCGAGUAGAUUAUAAUAGUGGAGGGUUAUUUCUUGAAGACGCUUUAUCUGCCAAAGAACCGAUGGGCCAGUUCGAAUUUUGGUUCAAAGAGGCUGUUGAUUGCAAGGAGAUCCAAGAAGCGAAUGCCAUGGUAUUAUCAACGUGCUCCAAAGAUGGCCAGCCUUCCUCUAGAACUGUCCUCUUGAAGAGUUUCAAUAAAGAAGGGUUUACUUUUUUUACAAACUAUUCAAGCCAGAAGGGAAGAGAGCUAAUUGAAAAUCCUAAAACCUGCUUGAAUUUCUAUUGGCCACCAUUACAUCGACAGAUUAUCAUCAAAGGGCUUKCAGAAAAGAUAUCAGAUGAGAAAUCAGAUGAAUAUUUUCAUUCAAGACCGAGAGGCAGUCAAAUUGGUGCUUGUGUUAGUAAGCAAAGUACUGUGAUUUCAAGUAGGGAGGUUCUAAGUCAAAGAGAAGAGGAACUGAAGAAACAAUAUGCAGAUAGCAGUAUACCUAUCCCUAGACCAAGCUACUGGUAAGAAUUUAAUAUUUUGAACRUGAACCUAAAUUAUGAAAAA